CUCUAGGGUUUGUAUUUAACCUGAAAUAAUGUCCAAUAACGGAGAGUUGGAGGACAAACCACCUGCACCCCCUGUACGUGUGAGUAGCACUAGUUUCCCAAUGGGUAGCAAGGACACACUGUUGACCAACCACAAUGCCAAGCCACUGCCAUCUGUACCUGAAGAGAAACAGAAGCGGACAAAACUCAAGUCUAUUUUCUCAAACACUGGAGAAAAAGCAAAUAAGAAGAGAGAAAAGGAACGGCCAGAAAUAUCUCCUCCGUCAGACUUUGAGCACACGAUCCAUGUUGGUUUCGAUGCUGUGACAGGGGAGUUCACGGGAAUGCCCGAACAAUGGGCUCGACUAUUACAGACAUCCAACAUCACCAAACUGGAACAGAAGAAAAAUCCUCAGGCUGUGCUUGAUGUUCUCAAAUUCUACGAUUCCAAAGAUACGGUGAAACAAAAAUACCUGAGCUUCACAGAACAACCAGACAGGUUUCCUGCAGUCACGCCUGCAGUGAGUACCUUUUGUAUUUAA